AUUAUAAAUCAGAUAAUGGAUGAAUGCAUUCCAAGUGAUCGAGCAAAUCGGGAUUUUUGUGUUAAGUUCCCAGAGGAGAUACGUCAUGACAAUCUGGCCGGCCAGCUUUGGUUUGGAGCAGAGUGUUUGUCUGCAGGUUCAAUUAUCAUGAAUCGUGAAAUAGAGAGCAUGGCCAUGAGGCCACUGGCCAAGGAUCUGACACGUAGCUUGGAAGAACUUAGAAACCUCAUUCGGGACCAAGCCUUAAGAGAUUUAAACAUUUAUACAGAAAAAAUGAAAGAGUCUCUCAAACACUUUGAUGUCCUAUUUGCUGAAUUUGAGUUGAGCUAUGUCUCAGCGAUGGUACCAGUAAAGUCGCCUAAAGAAUAUUAUGUACAACAGGAGGUAAUCGUGCUUUUUUGUGAAACAGUAGAGAGAGCUCUAAAGCUUGGAUACCUCACUCAAGACAUGAUCGAUGACUAUGAACCAGCAUUAAUGUUUACAAUUCCAAGAUUAGCCAUUGUCUGUGGGCUUGUAGUUUACUCUGAAGGACCUUUGAACCUGGACCGUAAGGCAGAAGAUAUGUCUGAGCUGUUUAGACCCUUCCACACUUUGCUAAGAAAAAUAAGAGAUUUACUGCAGACAUUAACUGAAGAUGAACUACACACACUUGAACGGAACCUUUGUAUAUCCCAAGAUGUGGAGUUCUCCGUAAGAACAGAUCCUGAAGUCCCCUCUGUUAUUGCACCCACUUUAGCUACAACCUUCCCUCCUGAGCAGCUUUCUGUCACAGCUGAAAAUACAGAAGCCGAAUUAGCCUGCUCAAUGCAAUAUGAUGAACAGGAACUGGAACAACUCAAUCAAAUGGUUCACAGGGUAGGAGAUGAAAUGUCAUCUCUCCUUUCACCACCCAGUGUAUGUCAGUCUCCAGCACAUAGAGCUGGUCUAAGAAACAGCUCCAGUACAGAGGCCUCACCAAGCAGGUCAAAUCUAGGGCAUUUAAAUGAUGAAGAAGACAGAGUCUUUUUUAUGGAUGACCUUGAUGGUGCAGGAGAAUCCCUUGCUAGGCCAGAGUCAACUGUUAGCACUCUGGUUUGGGUCAAUAACACUUGUCAGGAUCUGUCAAAGGAAAGGGACACUCCAAGUAUAGAUAAUGGGGAAGCAGGAGAUGCUUUACACACAAAAGAGAGAGAAAGUGAUUUGAGCAAUAACAAUAAUAUUGAAGAUUGCAAAAUGCAGAAAACAGGACUCUCUGUCCAAAAUUCUUGCAGUUGUUUAGAUUCACAAUUAUACCUCAAUGGCUGGGAUGUGAAUACUGAAGAUGCAGAGACAGCAGAAAUGAUAGCCCAUCGGACUGGUGGAAUGAAGAUAUCUGCUACUGUGAUAUUUAAUCCUAAAUCUCCUACUUCUUCUGAUUCUCCUUUAACUACACCGGAAGUACCAAGUGAUUCUGUUCCUAUUUCCAACUCAAGAGCUGACGAAGAGGAAAAUGAGUCCCAUCAGCUUGGCAUUGCUGCCACAAAUUGUCUCAUUAACUCCUGUGUGUGUUGUGGUAGUUGUGAAGACAACCGGGAGGAUACUUUAGAAAGUUUAAAGACUAAGUGUACUCCAGGAAAAGUUAUAAAUGCCUCUUAUAGUCUAGUCAAGUCUAAAGAAAAGGAUCACAUAGAUAAGUCAGAUAAUGCCGCAUCCUCUCCAGAGACUCCAAAAACUGAAACUCUUCCUUCAGAAAGAGACUGUGAUAAACAAGAACCUCAACUCUCUCAUUCCUCCAAGUGCCUGGUGCAGAACUCAGGUUCCCAAGUGGGAAGUGAUGAGGGGUCACAAGUUGAAGGGGAUGUGUCAGGUCAACAGAAGCAGCAUGAAAAUAGAAGACAGCCAAGUGAGAAGCAGUCAGAGACCAGAAAGCAAAGUAGAAGCAAAAGGACAGGCAAAGAAGGAGGAAAAGCAAGGUCUAGUUCCAGCAGCAUCAGGUCAAGCUCCAUUUCGUCAGACGGCUCUGACCAGGAGCAGAUCCAGCUUGCCUUACAGGCAGCAAAAAGGGCAACAAGGGAAAAAAUCAGAUCCAGAUUUCACAGCAGCAGUGACCUAAUCCACCGACUCUUCGUCUGCAUAUCAGGCGUUGCUGAUCAGCUACAAACAAAUUAUGCAAGUGACUUACGAAGUAUUCUUAAGACCUUAUUUGAAGUUAUGGCAACUAAGCCAGACACAGAAGAUGGGGAAAAAUUAAAGAAAGUAAAUCAGAAUUUAAGAAGUGCUGCUCUGGAGGACUGUGCCCUUUGCCAGGAAACAAUCUCCUCUUCUGAACUUGCAGCAAAAGCAAGAGAUGGAGAUUUUGAAGAUCCUCCUGAAUGGGUACCGGAUGAAGCCUGCAGCUACUGCACAGCAUGCAAAGCGCCUUUCACUGUCAUUCGGAGGAAGCACCAUUGUAGGAGCUGUGGCAAGAUUUUCUGCUCCCGCUGUUCUUCCCAUUCUGCACCGUUACCUCGUUAUGGUCAGAUGAAACCUGUCCGUGUUUGCACUCACUGUUACAUGUUCCAUGUCACGCCUUUUUACAGUGACAAAGCUGGAAUUUGACAUAUUAAACUAGUGAUCUAUUUAAUGGAGUCAUACAUGGACUAAAAUUCUAUGUGCUUAAGCCAAGAAUUAACUGCAAAGA